AAUUACUAGAUUGUAUAAUUCCUUAAUCCUUACCCUCUUCAGUUUCCUUCAACCCAUUCUUUCACCGGAAUACCAACACAAUUGAUAAAUCAACACACCCAACCACCAUCAUCACCGCUGACAAGCUCUCCUCUAGCGUUAGCACUCCACUCAACCAAGAAGCCUCACCACCGUAUCACUAUCUUCAGCCUAACACCACCACGGCACACGCCUACGAUCGCCAUCCCAGGCCCUGCUGUUGCCUCAACUUUGCAAGACAAGCGCCCUUUUUUUCACUUAUGUCCAUAGCUUUUCCUUCCAUACCUUCCACUCUCCAUUAAUUUUCACCAAAAAGAAGAAAUUGAAUCUCAUGUUUUUCAAUAUCAAGUGUGAUGAAGAUAAUUUAGUCUUUGUUGCAACUUCAUCCUAAAUUUAAUAUCUCAAUUGUUCUUUCUUCUAUUGGUACUCUUCUUCCUAAUUUCUCAUUUUAUUAUCUCUACUUUUCAUGUUCAAAUUAUUCUAAUUUUGGUCUCGAUCUUUCCUUCAAUUUAAUUUUGAGCUAGGAUACACUACAAAUUGAUAGUGCUUACUCUAUUUGUCAAUUGAUCACUUAACUAAUCACUUGGCUUUCUCAACUCAAUCCCAAGUCUGCCGUAGCUCGAGAUAAACUGAGCUGUUCAUCCAUUCAACUUCAUAAAUUUCCCCUCAAAAACAAAUUAAGGUACACCCAACCAAGAUAACUUUUUAAGCUUAAUUUAAAUAUGUGGAUAGAAAUUGCUGUAAAUUGUACAAACUUUGAUAUUGUAGGGAUUAAAUUAUGAAAUUUGUAAUUGGAAUUAACAGUUGAGAUUUUAGUUAGUCUUGUUUCAAUUUGGGUUUUAAUUGAGAAAUUUUUGAAGAAAUGGAGGAUGAAAUUGAGUUACUUGUUCAUGUUAAAAAUUAUUGAAUCUUUAAGUAUAUUGUUUAAUGUCGAAAUGAUUUGAAUGGAAAUUGACAUAAAAGUGUUUCUUGUGUUGAAUUAUAUGUAGAAAUAUAGGAGUCCUUGUUCUUGGUCUAUUGAAGAAUAAUGAUGUAUUGGGUAUAAUCUUAGAGAUAAUUUCAAAUAAGUGUGUUUAGAAUUAAAAUCAUAGAUACAGUUGGAAAACAAAUCGUAUUUGGUAAUUGAUUAUGAAGAAGAAAUUCCAACAUAAGAUAGAAAGUGAGUUAAUAUUUGAUGGGUUCACUUGGAAAAAGAAACAAGAAUAUAUAAUCUAGAAUGUACUUGACAUUUUGAUGUAUGGAUUAUAAAUUGGGAUACAAAGAUGAGUUAAGUAGGAUAUUGGUAAUGAAGCAUUGAUUUUGGACAUAGUGUGUAUUUUAACGAAACUAAUUGAGUAAGAUUGUAGAUUUGGGUUAUUGUUUAAGCAUUAUGAGCCUAGCAUUAGACCGUAUAAUUUGGUUAAGCCAUCUAGACAAGUGAUCUUUUUCCUACAUCCCUUCACAACUUCAAGCCAUUCUGCCUUCCAUUGCAUCAUCGCUCCUAGGCUCCACAAUCAGUUCAAUGUUUAUUUAAGUUAUAAAUACCAAGAAAAUACAAUGAAAUAAUGUAAACAGUUGACAAAGACCCACUUCCUUCAUUCAAUUCCAUGAAAAGUUUUCUAAAAACUUUGAGGUAAGUUUAUGAUUUGCCGUUAUAGAGAUAUUAAUGCUUGGAGGAUCAUCGACAAUAAUAACAUCAACAACUGCCAGUUACCUGACACCUUUCCGUCUUCUUCCGCCUCAUCGGUUUGCAAUCAGGACAAUGCACAGAGCUAAAGGAAGCAAGGAGAGCUCUUCUUUAUCUUCCUCGGCUCGUGAUUCCCACAUUUCAGGAAGAGGGAAAGGUCAUCUUGAUAUGGAAGGUAGCAAUGGCAGAUCAAGGAAAGGUCAUGGUGGUGAUGCAGAUAGAAUUGAUAGUCUUGGUAGACUAUUGGUUCGCAUAUUGAGACAUAGUGCAACAAAGUUGAAUUUAGAUAUGCGUUGUGAUGGGUAUGUCAACCUUCAAGAUUUACUGAAGUUGAACAUGAAAACAAGGUCAAAUUUCACGCUAAGUUCUCAUUCUAUCGAUGAAGUUAGAGAAGCCGUAAGGAUAGACAACAAGCAGAGGCUUGGCCUUGUGGAAGAAGAUGGAGAACUGUGGAUACGUGCAAAUCAAGGCCAUUCUGUAAAGUCAGUAGAGACUGAGAGUUUAUUGAAACCAAUCCUUUCUGCUGAGGAGAUUCCUGUUUGUAUUCAUGGCACAUAUAAGAGGCUUCUUGAACCAAUUCUUUCAUCCGGUCUCAAGCGAAUGAACAGGUUGCAUGUUCACUUUUCACAUGGCUUGCCUUCUCAAGGAGAAGUAAUAAGUGGCAUGAGGCAUGACGUAAAUUUGCUGAUCUUCAUAGAUACAAAGAAAGCUAUGGAAGAUGGAAUGAAAUUUUACAAGUCAGAGAAUGAAGUAAUAUUGACAGAGGGGUUUGACGGAGUCGUCACACCUAAAUAUUUCCAGAAAAUUGAAAUGUGGCCAAAUAGAAAGCUAUUGCCUUUCCAAGUAUAAGUUGCAAUUUAUUUAAACAAAUAUAUUCUAUCUUGUAUUACUAUUACCAUUUGCAAGUAUUAUUAUGAUGUUUAAUCCUUAGAUUUUUCAAGUUUGUCUUAUUUUUCAUUGUUGGGUUUCUUUCUAAGUGAAUUUGCUUAGAUUGUAUAGGUAUAAUGAAGUUUAUUUGUUUAUGUAUUACUAUGAGUAUCAUCUGUUAAUUAUGAGCGCAUCUCAUAAGCGGCCAUCUUAAUAUCAGGAUGUCGAUCUUAAUAUCAGGAUGUUGCAUAUGAGACAAUCCAAUAUAACCAUACUACUUAAAAGCGCUCACACGUAGCUAAAAAUCUAUUACAUAUAGCUUAAAACUAAUACACAUACUAUUUAGAAUGCACACGUAGAUGAUAAAGUGAAAAAUAUAGUGUAAACUUACAUCUACAAAACUAAUCGCAUAUAGAUCAAAACCAAUCACAUCUAUCUAUAACUAUUACUAAAAUAAAAAAAAUAAAAAAAAAACAAUUGACAUUAUCACCUU